AUGGCUGAAAGAAAGAAAGCUGUCAGAAAGAAGAAGGACCCAGAUGCACCAAAGAGAUCUUUGAGUGCUUACAUGUUUUUCGCCAACGAUAACAGAGAUAUCGUCAGGGCUGAAAAUCCAGGUAUCGCUUUUGGUCAAGUUGGUAGAUUAUUAGGUGAAAGAUGGAAAGCCUUGACUGCCGACGAAAAGAUUCCCUACGAAAAGAAGGCUAACGAUGACAAAAAGAGAUACGAGAAACAAAAGGCUGAGUACGCCAAGAAGAAUAGCUAA